CUCAAGGUCCUUGGUCUGAGGCCUGGGGACUCAAGAAUCAAGGAAAGGACUUGCUGUGAGACCCCGGGAAGCUCCCGUACCCCAGAACACAGCUGGACACACACAGCCCUGCCCCUGCUGUUAUGGGCCCUGGAGGGGGCGUGGCCGGAAGUGAUGGGCCCUGACUUCCUCCUCCUCCACGCUGUGGACAGUGAGGACUGAGGCCUUCGUCCGAGAGUCGAGGCCUCAGGUCAGCAGAGGGAGGCGUGCGAGGUCUUCUCAGCUGCCCUGGUGCUGCAUUGCCAGCCUCCCUGUCCACACUCUGUCCUGCUGUCCCUGAUCACAGCCAUCAUGCCUCGGGGUCAAAAGAGUAAGCUCCGUGCUCGGGAGAAACGCCAGCAGAAGCGUGGUCAAUCCCAGGAUCCCAGGGGUCCUCAGGCCACUGCAGAAAAGGAAGAGGAGGGCCCCUCUUCCUCUCCCCCCACUUCUUGCUCUUCUCCUAUUUCUAGGGGUGGCCCCCCAAGCUUCCCUGCUGCCUUCAUUCCCCAGGAGUCUCAGGGAGCUUCACGCUCUAGCUCUCCUGAUGCAGGUGUAGCAUGCGCAAUGCCUGAUGAAGAUGCCAAGAGUCAAGAUGAGGAAACACCAAGCACCUCCCAGGCAGCAUCCUCCACUCAGAGCUCACAGAGAGAUCCCCUCACCAGAAAGGCGAGUAUGCUGGUGCAAUUCCUGCUGGAGAAGUAUAAAAAGAAGGAGCCCAUUCUGAAGGCAGACAUGGUGAAGGUUGUCAACAGAAAAUACAAGGAGCACUUCCCUGAGAUCCUCAAGAAAUGUUGUGACCGGCUGGAGCUGGUUUAUGGUCUGGACUUGAAGGGAGUCAAACCUGGUGAUGAGUGGUACACCCUUGUCAGCAAGCUGGCCCUCUCCAGAGAGGGGUGUCUGAGUGGUGAUGGUGGGUUGCCUAAGUCAGGUCUCCUGAUGUCCCUUCUGGGUGUCAUCUUCAUGAAAGGCAACCGUGCCACUGAGGAGGAGGUUUGGGAAUUCCUGAAUGCGUUGGGGGUAUAUUCUGGGAGGAGGCACUUAAUCUUUGGGGAGCCCCGGAAGUUCAUCACCAAAGAUUUGGUGCAGGAAAAUUACCUGGAAUACCGCCAGGUGCCCAAUAGUGAUCCUGCAUGUUAUGAAUUCUUGUGGGGUCCCAGAGCCCGUGCUGAAACGAGCAAGAUGAAAGUCCUAGAGUUUUUGGCCAAGAGCAAUAACACUGUCCCUAGUUCCUUCCCAAGUCUGUAUGAUGAGGCUCUGAGAGAUGAGCGGGAGAGAGCGGCAGUGAGAGGUGCACCUAGGGUUGGCACCAUUGCCCAAGCCAGGGCACGUUUGGGGGCCAUGUCCUUCAGAUCCUCCCACAUCUAGUUAGAUCUCAGAUAUUCCACUCAGAGCAGGGAACCUCUAAGUAUUCCAGAGUACCUGGGGCUGGAGGAAACAAGAUGUAUAACUUCUUUUUCCUGUUACAAAUCAGUAACUUGUGGUUUUAUGUUUCUUUUAUUUGUUAACAGUUUUCAAAUGUUGUUCCCUUUAAUUGAAUAUUUAUUUUGUUUCACAAUGUAAUUUUCUUAAUGUUAUAGAUGACACAUUUAUUGCUGUUUGUCAGGUUUAAGACUAAGAGUUUUGUUGUUUUUAAAUAAAUUAAAAUACCUUCAGUAUUUUGUUUUCAUUAUAGAGUUAAGAUAAAUAUGACACUGCAAUGUGUAUUUUCAUGGAGAUGGGAAU